AUGUACAGGGUAUUGGUUACAGUCCCUGUAGCAGUGAACAUUAAAGAACGACUCGAGAAUAGAUGUGUUCAAUACGACACUAUUCCUACGUCAAUAUUACACCGUUUCGUUGUGUUUGUGGCUGUUGUGGUGAGUGCUGAUAGCUCCAACAAGGGGGUGCUCUCCAAAGACUAUGGUGUGAGGUUAUGUGGAAGGGAGUUCAUCCGAGCCGUCAUCUUUACGUGUGGCGGGUCCCGCUGGAAGAGGGUCUUGGACCUUGAUCUGCUUCUAAACAGAAACAGGGAGACGCAUGAUGACCAGAAGCGAUCUGAUGUUGAGUCCCGUGACAGGCCGGCAGCUGGUUCGAGCGGUGAGCCGGAGGUGGAUCUGUCUUCAGCGGGUCUUGAUCUGGACUCUUACAUCUCCAAGCUCCACUUCGAGAGGAGGAAGAGGACGUUCGCUCACGGCCUGGCUGGCAUCUGCUGCAAUGAAGGCUGCACCAAAAAUGACAUCGGACGCUUCUGCUGAUUCGUAAUAA